CAACCCCUUCAGCAGUUUGCCUCGAUCGGUUAGUGUGAAUUUGGAUUGCAGUGAGAACGGUUUGAAUCAGCGAAAUAAGCGCGCCAAAAGUAAAUCGAACGAACGUCGGUUAAUCGAAAGAUGGCUCUGUCCAGAAUACUUCCCGCGGCAGUGAUCGUCUCUGUGGCCCUGUUCUGCAUUCACGCAAACAGUCAAUCAUGCCCGGACAAAAACGGUCGAUAUCCCGUUCCGGACGAGUGCGACGCCUACAUCGAAUGUGUUGACGGCAACCCGGAGCGUAAACUCUGCCCCGAUGGGCUUCUGUUCAACGAAAAGUUGAACCUAUUUUCCUACCCGUGCCAGUACCCUAUCGAUGUGGACUGCGGCAGCAGAACACGUACCCAACCGGCCAUCCCAGGCGAAGAAUGUCCCCAUCAGUUCGGAUACUACAAGCUGGGCGAUCGAGCCGAUUGCGGUCGAUUUAUGAACUGUGACAACGGUCGAGGUCACAGGUUGGAAUGUCCGUACGGUCUAGCCUUCAACAGUGCUACCUAUCAGUGCGAUUGGCCCGAUCUAGUUGAGGAUUGUGAUGAAGCGGCCUACCUUGGAUUCAGCUGCCCAACACAAGCCGAUGGACUCAUCGCCCCGAUUCGAUUCUACCGGGCUCCGGACAAUUGCCAGAAAUACUUCCUUUGCGUCGACGAUAGGCCACGUGUCAAUUUCUGCGGUCCAGAGCAAGCUUUCAAUGAGCUGAUUAACGCAUGCGACGGAGUCGAGAAUGUUACCGGGUGUGCCUUUUAAAGGCUAAGUUGCCAUUGGAUACGGGAUUGUAAAUAAUGCCAUGCAAAAUACUCAAUCACUUAGCAUGUAGGA